AGUAGAUAGCAAUCCUCAAUUUACCACUUUGAUAGAAUGAACGCUGCAAAGAUCUGGUUUUCACCUCUUUUUGUUUGUAGUAUUUGGAUUUUGAGUCUGGCUAUCAACUGUGACUGGACAACUGAGUAUGAAUUUCAAGGAAAAUGUUGUAAGGACUGCCCUUCAGGUGAAUAUCCCAAAUAUCAUUGUAAAGAGAACAACAGUGACAGUGUGUGUGAGAGAUGCCCAACGAAGGUUGAGGACAAAUGUUUCUGUGAAGGCAAGAUGUUAUGCAAAGACGAUGAAUGCUCUAAGUGUGUGCCUAAAGAAAAGUGCAAACCAGGACAUCAACUGAUGAGAGAGGGUAAUUUUAAGUACAAGUACCAUUGUGAGCAAUGUCCCAACACCAUGUUCAAUGAUGCUGAGGAUAGCGAGUGUAAACCAUUUGCAAAGUGUGAUGGCUUGCGUGUGGUCUUCCCUGGAAACAGUACCCACAAUGCAAGAUGUGGCCUUUAUGACUCUCCCAUUUUGAUCAGAAGCCUGACUUCUCAUCCAGUUGUGAUGGCUUGUUUAACAAUCACUGUGUUGAUAUUCCUUGUACUUAUCAUGUAUACUGCUUUUCAAAUUUACAAACACAGGAGGCACAGAAAAAUAAGCCAACCAUACAUACAUAGGAUGAGAAUGCCCUCAGAUACAUGCAGUUGCCAACUAUCCAAGGAGGAAAUUGGUGAUGACAGCGACUCCAAGACAGCCUUAGAAAUCUCUCAAGUGUGAUAUUCUCUGCUUACCUUGAAAUACAAUAAUACAACAGAACUUUAUUUCCAAUUAUAUUUGAAAUUUGAAAGCUCUCUGUUAUUUUAAGUCUCUGUGAGUCUCUCGAAUUUUGACUUGAUGACAUUGACUGGAUUAACAUAUUUAAAAAAACAUCUGUUUCAAAUUUCUGUAAAGAUGAACCAUGCAGCUUUGCAGGUCAUAGAUGGUCUCUUUGCCUGUGGAAGGAGUAAACUACAGUUUAUUCACCCGUGACUCUAUUGAAUGGCACAAUGUUCUCAUCACUUCAAUUCCAAUAUGGAUUCAUGUAAGAUGUAUUAGCAAAGAAGAAAGUUGCAAAAGGUGGGGUGUUAUCUUUGCUGUGAUCAAACAUUUGCUCUCUAAGGCUGAGUAAUGCAAGAGGAUGUUUAUCUGUUCUUCGCUAGAGUAUAUACACUUUGUAAGUGUAAAACCAUUAAAGGACAGACUUUCAGACUUUUAAAAGUGUGAGGAACAGCAAAUACUGAGUUAUGUCACUUCUGUAUUUAAACAUCCUAAUUCAGCUUUAUCUUCUUGUAGAAAUAUAAUGCAUCAUGUUUAGGUUGACUUAUUGUAUUGAUAUUCAUCUUAUUUUUGACUCCCUGGCAUUAUGUAGGAUGGAUACUGUAGAUCGGGAGGGUUUAAUUUAUAGUGCACAUUAUUUUCCAAAUUAAAAUAGGCCAAUGUAUGGGCUUCUAUUUAUAUGUACAUGUAAACCUCACUAUCAAAAUAAUUUUGUCAGAAACUCCCUCCUUUGCAGCAUAUUAUUUUGAUUUAUAUUUUUAAAUUAUUCUCUGGAAU